AUGAACCAUAAUGGUCAUAGCAAUUCCAACAAAAAUCAUCAUAAUCAUUUAGAUCGUGGUAGUGAAAACGAGGAUGAACGCAAACGAGUCAUUAACUCAAGUCGUUACAAGACAGAAUUAUGCCGACCUUUCGAAGAAAGUGGUACCUGUAAAUAUGGCGAUAAAUGCCAAUUUGCUCAUGGUAUACACGAAUUGCGAGCACUAGCGCGACAUCCUAAAUAUAAAACAGAAUUAUGUCGAACUUAUCAUACUAUUGGAUUUUGCCCUUAUGGACCACGAUGCCAUUUCAUCCAUAAUGAAGAUGAA